CCUCGUCCUUCGCUCUCGCGUACUCAACCCAGCCCCCGGAUUCUAGCCGGCAACUCCGUUGCUGCAAUCGUUUGCAACUACUUAUUGCCCGCCUUCGCUUUGCACGUUGCAUGAUUCACCCGUAGUCGUCAUCGGUACCCGCCCUUACCUGCCUUCGCCUCAGCCCGGCCCUCUCUCCGGAUUGAGACUCUCUGCAGGCGAAAAGUCGUGAUACAUCGACAUCAUCAUGGUGUUCAGCCUUUUGCUGUUGGCCUUGGUGGCCACGGUUAUGGGACACCAGGUCGAACCCCGCUGGGGAACGAGCCGUUCGGAGCCAGUCGCUACCAGGACCACUUAUACGACGACGACGGUCUGUCCCGUGACGUCGACUGUUACGACAGGUGGAACGACGUACUGCGUCACCUCGCUCACUACCUCGACUCUGACCGUUACUGAGUGCCAUGGCUGCUCUGGCGGAGUCGUCACCGUCCCUGGGCCAACCGUCACCCAGGGCACCACCACGCAGGUUGAGGUCACUUACACUACCGUCUGUCCCGUGACCGAGACCAUCACCGGUCCCGGCCACACAUAUGUGACAACGCGGACUGCCACUAGCACCGUCGUGACCCAAGUGCCCACGACCAUUUACGAGAGCGUGCCUGGGCCGGUAAAGACUCGCACGGCAACGGAUGUUCACUAUACCACCUACACGAGUCUCUGUCCCGUGACUCAGGUGACCACCAUCUCCGGCAAGGAGCAGACCGUUACGUACACCAAGACUAGUGUCAUUGAGACUACCGUUCCAACGACGAUCCAGGAGACGGUCAAGCAGCCUGACCGCACCGCUACAGCAACGGAUAUUCGCUAUACCACUUACACUAGUCUCUGUCCUGUGACCCAGGUCACCACCAUUUCUGGCAAGGAGCAGACCGUCACAUACACCAAGACCAGUGUCAUUGAGACUACCGUCCCAACGACGAUCCAGGAGACGGUCAAGCAGCCUGAUCGCACCGCUACAGCAACGGAUAUUCACUAUACCACCUACACUAGUCUCUGUCCCAUAACCCAGGUUACCACUAUCUCUGGCAGGGAGCAGACCAUCACAUACACCAAGACUAGUAUCAUUGAGACUACCGUCCCAACGACGAUCCAGGAGACGGUCAAGCAACCUGAUCGCACCGCCACGGCUACGGAUGUACACUAUUCAACCAUAACGAGCCUAUGCCCGGUUACGCAGACGACGACUGUCUCGGGGACUGAGUAUACGGUCACGUAUACGACCACAAAGCUGAUUGAGACGGCGAUUCAAAAUACUAUCCACGAAACGGUCAAGCAGCCUGAUCGCACCGCUACGGCUACGGAUGUACACUAUUCAACCAUAACGAGCCUAUGCCCGGUUACGCAGACGACGACUGUCUCGGGGACUGAGUAUACAGUCACAUAUACGACCACAAAGCUGAUUGAGACGGCGAUUCAAAAUACUGUCCACGAAACGGUCAAGCAGCCAGACCGCACCGUCACCGCUACAGACGUGGAAUACUCGACCAUCACUACUGUUUGCCCCGUCACCGAGGUCACCACCAUCUCGGGCACCGAAGUGACCAAGACGUAUACCACCACUAAGAUAAUCCAGACGGCGAUUCCACACACUGUCCACGAAACGGUCAAGCACCCGGACGUCACAGUCUCGGCUACAGACGUGCAGUACUCGACUAUCACCACUGUCUGCCCCGUCACCGAGGUCACCACCAUCUCAGGCAAUAGGGUGACUAGGACAUAUAGCACGACUAAGACAAUUGAGACGGCAGUACACACGACUAUUUACGAAACGGUCAGGCAGCCAGACAUCACGGCCACGGCCACGGACGUGGCCUACUCAACUAUCACGAGCCUCUGCCCCGUUACUCUCGUUACUACUAUUGGCGGCAAGGAACGCACCAUCACCUACACCACGACUAAGCUCAUCGAGACGGUCGUGCCGACGACGGUGCACCAGACGGUUGAACGCCCGGACGUGACGGCCACGGCCACGGACGUGCAGUACCAGACGGUGACCAACAUCGCGCCCGUCACCGAGGUCGUCACCGUGGGCGGCCAGAAGCACACCAUCGUGCACACCACGACCAAGGUGGUCGAGGUGCACCAGCCCAACACGGUCUACCAGACCGUCACCGCGCCGGGGGCCACGGAGAAGUCGGUCGCCGUGGUGUCCGUGACGGCGACGCGCGAGUUCCCCAUCACCAAGACCAUCGUGCUGCCCGGCGGCAAGGUGACCGAGACCAUCGAGACGACGAGCACCGAGGUCUUCAGCACCCCGGCCACCGUCACCGUCACCAACUCGGCGGCGCCCACCACCGCCACCGAGGUGAAGACGCCGUCGGCGCCUCCGUCGCCGCCGCCGGCCACGACCACCGCGACGGUGGUGCCCACGGCUGCCGCACAGGCCAACAUCGUGCCACCCGCCGCGGCCGUCUUUGCCGGCGUGGCGGGCUUCAUGGCCCUUCUCUAGAGCGGCAAAGGCCCCUCUUGUGGAGCUCGGGGAUCUCCCCUGCUGUGAUUUUUGCAUAGGCACCUUUUUCUUUUACGUUCUUAAUUAGCCCAUUUCCGUUUUUCGAAACAUGAGACGGACGCGCGUUUUAUCUAAUCGAUUUGUCUGUGAGAAAGUCUCGUGUGUGAGACGGGCGAGCACGACACCAACAUGCAUGACGCAACGCAGGGAAAGCGGGGGGUACAAAGACUGACUGAGG